ACGAGCGUGAGAAACCUGGUAUUUCGAAGAAAGUCACGACGACCGGCAUGGGCCAUUUCUUCCCUUACCCAGGCCUUUUUAUACCGAACACAUAUAUCAGAAUCAUGGAACACCCUCUUAGGUAAACGCUGGCUCACUUAGUUUCUUCAAGACAAGAGAUUGGACAGUCAUAUAGAUGGUGUUCACUUUCCCGGACGUUGCGCGGGCUAAGUGGCGCAUCUUUUCCUUCGAAAGCUUGGGAGGGGAGACGUACAAAUCGAAAUUUCAAUGCAAGGGUUGGCUAGAAGGCCGAUGUCUUUUAUCAGAUCGAGCCGGUUCUCAUUGCGGACCGGCCGCUGUUGCCGCUGACGUUCAUCGCCGUCACUGACGUCAUUGGUUCGGUCUGUACUCUGUUGAACUUGAAUUGUCCUUCACACCUUCAGGUCUCUCCCUCUCCAGUCAUUUUUUUUCAAGCAUGCCAGAGACCCACGAAGGACGCCCACAUGCUGCAUGGCAUGCUGAGUACCAUGUCGUGGCCAGGACCAAUCCUGUCAUCGCGGCGUUUGUUGCCUGUUUCAAAUCUGUACUUGGCUACUUGACGUUGCCUGUUUAUUUCAUCCUGCAUAGUCUAUACGUCUUUGUCCAGGGGAUUUUUAUAAGGAUGUUCAAGCCUCGUCCCCCUCCGGAAAAGAUCAAACACCCAUAUGCACGUAUUGCUGUUAUAGGAGGAGGCUUGACAGGCGUAUCUUCGGCAGCCCACGCCGUAUCACAUGGCUUUGAGGUAGUCCUUUACGAAGCCGCCGACCGCAUUGGUGGUAUAUGGGCGCACGAAAACAAAACGUCGGGGUUGCAACUCAAUUCACUCCUGUACCGCUUCCAUCCCGCUGUGUGUUGGAAGAAGGCCUUUCCACAAAGGGAUGAAAUUUUAGGAGAAAUCGAGAAGGUGUGGAAGGAAUACAGGCUCGAAGAAAGGACCCGUCUCAACACACCGGUGAGGCAAGUCAAGCAGGUCAAGCGCGCGUCUCCGGACGAUGAAUGUCAAGGUAACCCCCUGGAACAGCUCACGUCCGGUCUCCCGUCUCAAUGGUACAUUAACGCUGGGGAAGAUGGCCCGUUCGAUGCACUUAUCGGGCUGGUCGAAAAACAUGAACAGUGGACCUACCAGGGUCCCGUUCUUCAUUCAUCGCAACUUGACUACGCAACACCGGAGGUGCUGCACAACAAGACUGUGGCUGUUAUAGGGAGUGGUGCAUCCGGUGUCGAGGCAGUUGAGACCGUCUUAGCACGGGGCGUAGACAGGUGCAUUAUGUUUGCUAGGCAAGAUAAGGUGAGAAACGUGAUUUUUGACGUUUUCUUGAGUGCUCAACCUUUUGGGCGCGAGAUGCCAUUUAGCGUGGCGUGGGAGCAAUUCCUUGCGCUCUGGCAAUAUCACGGCGUGGAAGAUCUUGUGCCAAGGAGGGGACUUUUUGUCUCUACUCCAGUGGUGAACGACGACUUUUUGAAUCAUGUGCGCUCAGGGAAGUUCCGCCUCACGACCAACGGUAUCGUCGUCGACGUUCGCGAGUCUAUUGAAUGCGGAUCGCCGCUCGGAAUCGGCAAAGGUGUUCACGAAUGCAUUCGUCCUACUGGAUCAGAUUCAGAAAGAAGUGGGGCAGCCCCGGAGUCCGAAGGGCACGUGGAGUUUAAGGCGGACGUUGUCAUUCUAGCCACGGGGUAUAAACGUCCAAGCUUGAGUUUCCUCCCGCAGGAGCUUUUCCCAAAGGACUACGAGCGGCCACGUCUUUACUUACAAAACUUCUCUACGGAAGAUUGGUCCGUGCUUCUUACGAACUCGGCGUAUUUGAAUGCUAUUGGGACAGUUGACACCCGGAUCCUCCUCACAUUCCUCCUUGAUCCGACAACCCGACCAACGGCUAAGGACAUGAAACUUUGGGUGGACAUUAUCCGGUUCAUCAAGCGUGGUGCACAAGGUGGUGCUUUGGGUUUCUUUACAUAUAUGGAACUCAUGAUUUGGAUUGUGACAUUCCAUAUUCUAAGACCAGAUAGAUGGCGUUGGUCGUCCUUCAUCCUUUUUGGAUGGGACGUCUCUCCGGAUGAUGAGCGGCUCGUCUCCCUCGUACACGAGGGAAAGUAAAAGGUAUGAGAGCGAUUCGUGAGGAGUGUCACAUUUCACGGGUUCACGACUUCUUGGUUGCUGUAUUUCUAUUUUUUCUGUACGUGGGUCGAGAAUGCUGUCGAAAAUAAAGGUUCCCGCUACCUAGAAUGCAAGCAUUUAAUGCAGAGCACAAGGAAAGGCAGGCCCUACACGCUCGGGGGAGGGAGUUCGUUAGUAUAACCACGAGCAGUCCCGCUCCUUCCCUGCUCUAACACGCUCGGUAUGUCCUCGCCAACUCUUGCAUCGAGACCGCGGUACGUCCGCGAUUGCAAGAACAGAGCUAUACCACUAUCCGAGAUUUCUGCUACCGAGGUCUCCUGAUUUCGAAUAACUACUGCGGAGGCAUCUCUGCUGUCACUAACACCGGCCCUGU